GGAGUCACGGAUGGAGCCACGUGUGAAUGGCAAGUAUAGGAUGCGCCGGAAAAUCGGAAGCGGUUCUUUCGGCGAGAUAUACUUAGGGACGAACAUACAAACGAAUGAAGAUGUGGGCAUGAAGCUGGAGUCCGUUAGGACGCGUCAUCCCCAGCUUAUGUACGAGGCAAAGCUGUACAAAAUUCUUCAAGGCGGUACUGGUAUUCCUUGCAUCCGCUGGUUCGGCGUGGAGGGCGAUUACAAUGUCCUGGUGCUUGACCUCCUCGGCCCCAGCCUCGAAGAUUUGUUCAAUUACUGCAGCCGCAAGUUCUCGCUCAAAACCGUCCUGAUGCUCGCCGAACAGCUGCUCACUCGCGUUGAGUACGUCCAUACCAAGUGUUUUAUUCACCGCGACAUCAAGCCUGAUAAUUUCCUCAUGGGCUUGGGCAAGAAGAGCAAUACCGUUUUUCUCAUCGACUUCGGGCUCGCCAAGAAGUAUCGCGACCUUCUUGGCGGCAUUCACAUCCCUUACAGGGAGAACAAGAACCUGACGGGAACGGCGCGCUACGCUAGCAUCAACACCCAUCUGGGUAUUGAGCAGAGUCGCCGGGAUGACCUGGAAUCGCUCGGCUACGUGUUAAUGUACUUCUUACGCGGCAGUCUGCCGUGGCAGGGAUUGAAGGCGGGGACCAAGAAGCAGAAGUAUGACAAGAUCAGCGACAAGAAGAUGUCGACGCCUAUCAACGUCCUGUGUAAGAACUUCCCGUCCGAGUUUGAAUCCUAUUUCCGUCAUUGCAGAUCGCUGAAGUUUGACGAGAAACCGGAUUACACCUACCUGAGGCAGUUGUUCAGGGCGCUGUUUAUAAGGGAAGGAUUUCAGUUCGAUUACGCGUUUGAUUGGGUGGCCCCAGUGAUUGAUGGGACCAAUGGCAGCCACUGCACUUGGACGCAAUUGUGGAAAAGUGGGGAACCCAACUAUGGAAGCAGUGGCAGCUCCUGGACUGCGGCGCAGCUGUGCAGAACGGGGCGCGGCGAAUGGGAGUCAUUUACGCUGGGCCUCAGUCGCAGUGACUAUAUUGGGACCCCAGCUGUGCCAUGGUGGGACCCAACCGUAGUUGCAUUGUUGGCAGCGGCCAUAGUCCGACGCCGAUAUGACAAAUUGGACUCCACAAGUGGAACUGGAGUGGGGCCCAGAAGUGGGACUGGAAUGGACCCACAAGAGGGGACUGAAGUGGGCCGCACAAGUGGGGGACUGGAGUGGGCCGCACAAGUGGGGGACUGGAGUGGGACGCAGAAGUGGGGGACUGGAGUGGGACGCAGAAGUGGGGGACUGGAGGGGGCGCCAGAAGUGGGACUGGAGUGGGACGCAGAAGUGGGGAGUGGAGUGGGCCCCACAAGUGGGACUAGCUUCGGCGGGAGUCAGGUGUCGGAUAUUGAAGGUUCGAAGAUGAUACAGUGAAGGUGAUAUUAGAGAAUGGGACCGAGCUACAGGGGGCGGAUACGUUACAGUGGCAGGGCAGUGAAUGUGACCAGCGAAAGUUGACCACAUUCAGAUUGGCGAGAAGGUGAGCGGAGUGGUUCCUAGAAACGGAUUGGGAGGCCGCGGUGAUGCGUUGGGAGGAGAGUGCGUUGGGAUCGGUAUGAGGGGGGGGAAAAUCGAAAUUGAGGUGGCUUGCAAUCGCGGGAAAUGAGGAGGAGAUAUAAGGAGGGGGGGGGGUAUAAAUAGGUGUGUAGUACAGCAACGGCCUGCAUCAACGCCAAGAAUUUGGGGUGCAGCGAUGGCGGUGAGGAGAGUGGGAAUCGAGGAUGGUAGCUGGGAACGAGGUCCCAGUGGUGAUGGUGAGAGAGUGGGAGGAAGUGGAUUUUUUUUUCCGAGUACAGGAUGGAAGAGAGACGGACGGCGGAGGAGAGUGCGGCCCAGGUGGGUAGUCCUUGGUCUGCAGAGAGGAACUUAGGAACUUAGACUUGUCGUGCUACGAAGAUGAGGGUGUGUAGUCGCACUGGGGCUCUUUUUUCUGAAUGCAUUUGGCUGUAGUUGCGGUCAGAUGCAGCUGCGUCGAUGGAAUCUCUGACUGCAUUUGGCUGUAGUUGUGGUCAGAUGCAGCUGCAUCGAUGGAAUCUGAGUGUUAGCGCCGCCUUAAUCUCAGGGAAUCGGGAAGUUGGGGGCAGGCUGGAAAGGAGAGGGAAGAUUGGCAAAAUUAGUCUGCGAGCGGCUGCAACGGGUCGGUAGAAGGGGUAACAAGGAGGGAGGAGGGAGGAGGGAGGAGGGAGGGAGGGGGGGGAGAGAAAGGACUCAAAUGCCGGUUUCCCAUCUAUCUGUGCAGCAGGUGGAAGAGGAGAAUGACGUACCAUCUGGACCGUCGAAAAUGAAGUGAAUUGCGGAUCUUCGCAGGGGUAAACUCAGGGUACUGACUUGUUUCCCUCCCCUCUCCCUUCUCCCCCCCCCNCCCCCCCUCUCCCUUCACCUUCCCUGCCGCCCCCACCAUCGACAGGUAGCAGAGAUGAAGGGAUAUUGUCCUGCUGUCGCGAACUAACCUUUAAGAGAGGGUCCAUCAGGGCUUGAACGCGGGGUUCCAGAUUUAAAAAUUUGGCAAGGUAGGACAGAGGGACAGAGGGACAGAGGGACAGAGGGACAGAGGGACAGAGGAGGAUGUUGUCUACUGUGGUGGGAGACUUAAAAUUUUAAAAUCCAGCAAGGCUUAGGGCGUCGCUACACCACUCUCGAAAUGUGAAAAAGACAAAAAUGUGGCGGGUGCAUCUGGCCAUGUUCUAGCGGGAAGUUCAUUCUCAUUUUGCACAUUUCUAGAGUGGUGUGGCGAUGCCCUUAGAACUUGGGGCCCCAGAAUUUUCUGACAGGCAUAGAAGAGGCGGCAAGGUGGCAGGCGUAGGCAAGAGAAGGAUGCAGGAGAGAGGAGGAUGGAUGAGAGAGGAGGAUGCAGGAGAGAGGAGGAUCCUGAUGGCUGCGGGCGGAGAGUUAGCCUGAAGGUCUAGGAACACUCGAACUUUAAAGGGGGUCCAGACAUUCUCACAGGCAUGGUCACAGGCAUGGAAGAGGCGGUUAGGUUGCUGUCAUCGCCGGUGUGGGAGGGAGGGAGUUUGUUGGGGUUCCGCGAAGGCCGUACAUUCAGCCAAUCAGACGUUUCGGAAUGGUAGAGCAGAGGAGGUGGGUUGGGUGGUGUCUGCCGUCUGCUGUGGAGAGGAAAGCAGAGCAAAGGUUUUUCUGGUUGAUGAAGACGAUUUGAAUGUAGGGGCAGGAAAUCUGUGGAACAGCUAGGAGAGAGGAGGAUGUGCAGAAACGACUCACCUCCGGUCCAGACUUGGAGUGGGGAAGUCAGUUGUGUUGUUGGACAGGUAGCAGAGUCGGAUGUAGAGAAUAACGGGCCACGCGCUGAAGUGGGAAAGAGAGAUUUGUUGUUGACGAACAGUUCAACUCAGUGGGGCAACAGAUUCCGUUGUUAAAUAGAUAACUAGCGAAAAUCGCGAGAAUUCAGUUUUCCUGAUUUGGCAAUUCAGUUUUCCUGAUUUGGCUAACCACUUUGCUAACCAUAGGGUUUGAGUUGAGUUGGUAAGCACUAUGGCAUUUUGAAGAGGCGAAGUUGAUGAUGCAGGAUGCAGGAGUGAUGAUCUGGAGCAGAGUAGUGAAUGUGCAGCGUGGCGGUAACCUGCGAAGCCGGGGCCAGGCUGCGCACAUGCACAUAGGGGCAAAAUAGGCUUUUGCUAAUCUGUUCCCGGACUAUGCACAUGGGAACGGAUCUGACCUGCCCGGACGUGUGUGGCUGGGUUAAGUAAGCAGAGGGUGACUGAUUGGUCCUGCUACCAUAGUCUGUGACUGGGUUAAGGAGAGAGGGGGGGAGGGGGGAUAACAUUGGUCCUGCCGGCUACUGUAGUCUGUGGCUGGGGUACACAGAUGGAGGCAAAUUGGACCUUGUAAUCAUUUUGCAGCCAGGCUAUGCAGGUGAUGAGGAGAAAUUUAAGUGGACCUGCUAAUCUUCUGCCAGGCUACACAGAUCAGGAUGAAUUGGACCUGCUAGCUGACUAAUUUUUGGCAGGGCGAAAUGCCAAUCGGGCUUAUAUUGGACCUCAAGAUUUGCAGCUGGGCUAUGAGAACAGGGACAACUUGGACCUGCUACUCUGUGGCUGGGCUGAUCCGCGGUCAGGCCUUGUCGAUGCACAUAAAUUCAACCUGCUAACUGGCCGCGGGGCGAGUCUGUUACGGGGCUAUGCUCCUGCGGACAACCUGUGGCGGUCGAGGCACUUAGAAGAAUAAGUCUAGGAGUGGAGUACACACACACACACACAGAGGAUCGAGUCCCAGACAAGGCUGUGUUUUGCAUUGGCGGGUCGCCGGCUGGACAACGCUAGCGGCUGCCUCAGAUGACGAUCGGGAGCAUGAAGCAGCAAGUAAGAGCGCGAGGGGGUGGGAGGAGGGGAGGCCGUGACGGCAAUGCCUUCUCGGCGGGUGAGCGUGAAAUAACUCGCCCUGUCUGACUGAUGGAGCAUGACACCCGUUAAGAUGAGCAUCAACGUUUGUGGAAUCUCCUCUGUAAUUCUUGUCUCUCAAUAACGUGCUUCUGAGCAACAUGUCCUGAUCCUCGGCAAUGCGGAGGUUUCUGAACUGCAUAUUGCGUGCAAACCCUUCCUGUGGCGCUGCUCUUUGAAUACGGAGGCUGCUAUUCAGUACUGCUGUCGUUGCCCUUAAUAACACUGUCGUUGCCGUCGUCGUUAUCGUGAACAUUGCCAUUAUUGGCAUUUCCCUGCUGCUAUCGUUCCCGCCAUCGUUAUCGUGAAACAUUAUCGUCAUCGGCAUUGCCAUUAUUGGCAUUUCCCUGCUGCUAUCGUUCCCGCCAUCGUUAUCGUGAAACAUUAUCGUCAUCGGCAUCUGUUCAGCACCAACAGCAGCAGCGGUCUUCCUCAAUCGUCAUCAACCAUCGUCAAUCAAAGGUGAUGAUGAUCGUCAUCAGCAGCAGCAGUAGCGGUAAUGGGAGUGGGAGUAUUGUCUCCGAGUCCUGUCCUUUGUUUGUCCCGUAAUGCAGUGAUUUGUCUGCUUGAGGACAUUUUACUUUAUGCAGCAGCAGUAGAAGGGUAUUAUCAGUAUUGCUUGCUACCAAUGAGCCUAGCUCAGUUGGGACACCCAUGAACUGUUGAAAUGCAGACCCAAGUUCGAAUCCACAUGAUGGAACUAGAUGAAGGGGAAAAAAAAAAAAGAAGAAGAAGAUGAAGGGUAUCAGUAUAUUCCGCAGGUUGUAGGAGGGACAGCUGUUUUCGCCGAAUGAUUUUGCUGAAAACUGAAAACUACCAUGCCAGCCCCUUUUUUUUUUUUUUUUUUAAUGCCAGCCUUUUUUGGCUUUGGGGGAUUUGCGCCAGUCUCCAACUAGAUGGUGAUUGUUUCUGAUCAGGGACCUGUUGGUUGGUUGGUUGGUUGGCUGGUGAGUCAUUUCUGACAAGCAACAUGCAGUCGAUACUUCCGCUAUGCUGAUGCGUGGUCUAUUUGGGGCAAAAUGGUUAGAUGGUCUGGUGGCUGCGACAGGAGCCCAGUUCACCGGAUUGGGAACUGGGUGGACGCUGAUUCAUCACUAGGAGAGAGAUCUUCAUCCUUUUAUAUGGAUUGGCAAUUGAUUAGAAGGGGGGCAGGAAGUGUAGAAGGGGACUCCGGAACUGGCCAUGCGUGUUGGAGGGGAGGGCAAUUUGCAAUCAUUUGGGGGACUCGUGGAGAGGAGAGAGAUCUUCAUCCUUUUAUAAUAGAUUGAUUGACAGUUGAUUUGAAAGGGGGCAGGAAGUGUAGAAGCGGCCAUGCGUGUCGGAGGGGAGGGGCAAUUUGCAAUCAUUUGGAGGAGUCAUGGAGGAGGGAGGGACCAUUCAUCAUUCACACAGGCGCUCGUUGUUUCGUGACCAUUGGCACCGUUUAGCGGCAUUUGGUUAACAAGGGUCAGGAAGUGUGGAAUCGACCCCUGGCUGUCUGUCUUACUAUGCUGCUGCAGUUCUCGGGCGCGCCAAGUCGGGUUCUCGUACGCCGACCUGUUGUGAUGAAGUGUAGGGGACGCGGAUUACAUCGCUGGCCUUUGCCGGGGCUGCUUCGAGGGGAAGAAAUAAAACCAAUUGCAGCUUCAUGACUUAAAUGGGCUUAGGCAUUCUUGUACUGUGUGUACGUCUCCGUUGUCCGGUACGAUUCUCCUUACUCCUCUCUUCUAUCCAUCCCUGCCUCUCCUGACUGUUUGCCCAUCAUUACGUUUCUGGGGAUUUUUUGCAGACUGCCCGGAUGCUGAGGCCUUUAGCCAGCUGACGUAUGACCGCUUGUUGUUGUCAUAAUGUCUGUAUGCCUUGGAAGGAAGAGCAGCAGCAGCAGCAGGAGGAGGAGGAGGAGGAGGAGGAGGAGGAGGAGGAGGAGCAGUAGUACUAGUAGUGGGAGAGGGGGACCGAGGAGCACAUCACAUAUCCAGCUCUUUGAAAGAAAAGUCCCUCCUUUGUCAUUCUGAGGGGUUAACGAUUGGGAGGUAGAAGAAGCGAAGGCAAGGGAGGAGAGGUGAGACAGGAAGGAAGGAUAGCGGUGAGCAUGCUGUGCCGGUUGCCUCUCAGCCGCCGAGUGAUCAGGUCGGAAACGUUUUAGUGGCUAGGGAGGAAAGGAGAUGGGACAGCGCGGGAAAAUGGAUAGGGAUGGGACAAAUGGGAUCUCUGGAACUGAGUUGGUAACCUUUUUUUUUUUUUGAGUUUCCCUUCCUCAGGGAUCGCGCUUGGAAGAAAAAAAAAACGACGUGGAGUAGGAUUUCUUGGUAAGUGAUCCACUACUCAGUUGCUGGCUGCCUGUGGUCCCCCCCCACCCCCCUGGAGGAGGAGCCUGACUACUGCUGUUUCCGCCCCCUGGAGGAGUAGCCUGACCUCUGCUGUUUCGCCCCCCUGGAGGAGGAGCCUGAUGACUGCUGUUUUCCGCCCUGGACGAGGAGCCUGACUACGUACAGUGUGUAGCAAGAUGGUGAAAAUACGAUAUGCUUGUCAUGAGUCGGGUUGCCGCACGCCGUAGGUUGGUCGGACUUCACUCUUUAGUAGUGAGAUGUUUGGUUGCACUUCCCUCUUAGUAGUGAGAUGUCCCGAUGUGAAUGUUGUCCUGGAAGGCUUGAACAAUGGAAGAUGGAAGACGAAGGUCAGUGGCAAACCCUGCAAUUAUUGUUUGUUUUAUCAGCUGCUAAACCAUCUAUUUGUUUGAUUGAUUAAGUCUUAGAAGAAAUUCAUAARUCUUAAAUCCGUUUGGACAAAUCAUGUCGUCAACAAACAAGUGCAAUGCGU